AUGGACUCUCCCCGCAGCUGGAGAUGCUGCCAGCUGGAGAUGCUGCCGCGCUGGUGGAGGACUCUCAUGCCCACGUCCACGUGCUGCAGCGAGGCAGCCUUUGAAGGAUGCCGAAGCGCAUGGGACAAUCAGCCAAGUCCUGAGCGCGAACGGCGGCCAAAGCGAGCACAGCUCAAAGGCACCCGAACUCGAAUAUGCCUGGCAGGGUCGCAGCAGGUGGCCCGCCUGGAGCAGCAGGUGGCCAUCACGCUGGUGGUGCAGCAACCGGUGGCGGCUGCCGGCAGCGCCCAAGGGCACAGAGCACCAGUGUCUGAUAUCCCCUGCAGCGGAUUUCGAAGUGCAAAGUUGCGCCUGGAGCACAAGCCUUUAAAUCGGCAGGGUCAAAUGGCCGCCCUCGUCCUGCUGGCUCUCCUGCGGCAGAAAUCCAAACGUGAGCUUCACCUGUGCGUUGCACCUGAGAGGGGCCUGGAACGGGAGCACAAGCAGCCUGGCCGAGAAGGGGAAGUGCAGAAGGCAGACGCGGGGAACGCCAGGCGGGCAGAUGGGAAGGUGGCACACAGGGAGCGGGGCGACCAGGGCGCUGGGCCCCGCCACUUCGGGGUGUGCGUCAGCGCGUUGACCGGCGAGAAGGACUCGGUCCCCGUGGUCAUGGAGAAGCUGCUGGAGCACGUCGAGAUGCAUGGCCUCUACACGGAAGGCAUCUACCGGAAGUCGGGCUCGGCCAACCGCAUGAAAGAGCUGAAGCAGUUGCUGCAGGCAGACCCAAACUCAGUGCAGCUGGAGAAAUACCCCAUCCACACCAUCACGGGCAUCUUUAAGCAGUGGCUGAGGGAGCUGCCCGAGCCGCUCAUGACCUUCUCCCAGUACCACGACUUCCUCCGAGCGGUGGAGCUCCCGGGGCAGCAGGAGCAGCUCGCUGCCAUCUACAGCACCCUCGAGCAGCUCCCACAGGCCCACCACGACACCCUGGAGCGCCUCAUCUUCCACCUGGUCAAGGUGGCCCUGGUGGAAGACGUCAACCGGAUGUCUCCCAACGCCCUGGCGAUCGUCUUCGCGCCCUGCCUCCUGCGCUGCCCGGACCACUCAGACCCCCUGACCAGCAUGAAGGACGUCUCCAAAACGACCAUAUGUGUGGAGAUGAUCAUCAAAGAGCAGAUGAGGAAGUACCAGGUAAAGAUGCAGGAGAUCUGCCAGCUGGAGGCUGCGGAGACCAUCGCCUUCCGGCGGCUUUCGCUGCUGCGGCAGAGCACGCUGUGUCCAGUAAAACUUGGGUUUUCUUCUCCCCGCGAGGGAGCCCGGGCCAAGGACCCCCAGGGGGCAGAUGCAGACGGAGGCACAGCAGCCAGACUGGGCGCCCUGCCUGAAGAGGAGGAACCGGACAGCGGGAGAAGGAGCUGCUGA